UGGACGAUACAUAAAUGGUGUCUUCUAUUAUCUGUAUUUUCAGUACUCGGGUAUAGUCUCGCAGCAUUGGUAUAUUCAAUCCUCACGUGGUAUCAAACUUGGGAACACGCAGACGUAAUGCUCGUAUCAGACACCGACGUCCUAAUCCUCACAACUCUCAGCGCCUCCCUCCUCCUCCUCGCCUCACUCACCGGCCUAACAGGAACCCUCCUCAACUCCCGCCCACUCCUCGCAAUCUACUCCCUCCUCCUCUGGCCAGCAUUCAUCUCCCUCCUCAGCGUCGGCUACGUCACUUACAAACGCACCACCUUCGCACUAGAUAGGAAACUCAACCUCGCUUGGUCACAGUGGUACACCGACGCAGGUCGCGCAGUCAUCCAAGAAAGUCUGAGAUGUUGUGGGUUUUCGGACCCGACGCACGAAGCAGUAUAUGCAUCUGGUUUUGCGGGAGGUUGUUAUCCACGCUCGGCUAGACCGGGGUGUAAACCCCACCUCCUGCGCUUCGAGCGUGAAAACCUCACGACCAUCUGCCGGGCGGCAUUCGCGACUGUUCCACUGCACAUAGUGAACAUUGUUGUUUCACUGUUGUGUGCUAACCACGUGAGUAGGACGUUCGGCACGGGGUUAGUGCCAAAGGGGUAUAGACUA